UCAAUGAUCGCAUUUAAUUUCUUUUAUUCAUUUGAAUGUCAUUGAAAGUCAUAGUCACAGCUAGCAAUAUGUUGGCACUUUUAUUAAUCGCAAUUUUUUCGUUUAUAAUUUACCAGUAUGUAACAUCAAAUUUUAAUUAUUGGCGCAAACGAAAGGUAUUUGGUCCAAAACCACUGCCAUUUUUUGGAAAUUAUCCAAAAUCGGCUAUUCUCCAAGCGAAUAUCAUGUACGAGCAACAACAAUUAUACGAAAAAUAUAAAGGAAAACAUCGUUUCAUUGGUGUUUUUGAGCGAAACACACCAAAAUUGUUGAUAUUAGACCCUCAAUUGGUUGCUGACAUUUACGUAAAGCAUUUCAAGCAUUUUCAAAUCAACGAUUCAUCGAAUUCAUUUGACAAAGUUCUUGAUCCAAUUUUCACUCGAAAUUUAUUUGCUGCCCAAUACGAUGACUGGCGUAACACAAGAACCGAAUUGUCUCCGGCAUUUACGCAAAGCAAACUACGACAAAUGUUUUCCAUGAUUUUGAGCAGUGGUCAAAAGAUGAUUGAGCACAUUGAUAUGCAGAUCGGCAACAACACAAACAAAACCAUUGACACAAAAGAUUUAACAUCACGUUUUACGGCCGAUGCCGUCAUGAACUGCAUUUACGGUUUUGAAGCAAAUGAUGCCAUACACAAUAAACUUGUCAAAUGGUUUAGGCCAUCGUUGGCAAAGAACAUUUUAAAUGCUUUUCUGUCCACUUUUCCCGUUCUCAGUCGUCUGUAUAGGCCGUCAUUUUUCCCAGCUCAAAUGACAAAAUGGUUUUACGAUACAACACACGAUGCCAUUGACUACCGCAAACAAACUCAGUCGAAACGAAGUGAUUUUCUGAAUUUUCUCUUGGAACGUAAAGAAGUCAAAAAUCACACUGACACUGAUGUGGCCGCAUUCACAGCGAUAUUUCUAUUCGAUGCUUUUGAAACGACGAGCAUGAUUUUGUCACAAGCAAUUUAUCACAUUGCCAAAAAUGUACAAUGCCAAACAAAAUUGCGUGCCGAAAUUUUUGAAAAUUUUCCAACACAUGAGGAUUCUCCAACAGCAGAUACCAUUAAUAGAAUGCCGUAUCUCGAAAACAUUGUUAAUGAAACUAUUCGUAUCUCGCCUUCAGCUUUUCUGCUCGCCAAAAAUUGCACGCAAUCCAUUGAACUGGAUGAUUUAGGCGGUACGAAAUUACUUGUUGAGCGCGGCACAUCCAUUCAAUUUCCCAUUUUUGCAUUUCAUCACGACGAACGUUUCUAUGACGAGCCAAAUUCUUUUAAACCCCAUCGUUUCGAUUCGCAAUCGGUGAACGAACUGAAGAAAUGUGGUCGCUUCUUACCAUUUGGUGAUGGUCCAAGAAUUUGUUUGGGACAAAAAUUCGCAGUAUUUCAAAUAAAAUUAGCUCUGGUUGAAAUAUUUCGAAACUAUUCAGUUGGAGUGAAUUCGAAAACAAUCGAACCAAUAACAGCAUGCGCAUUAGAUUCACUGCUUACACCUAUCAGCGAAAUUUAUUUAGAUUUUCAGCGCAUCGAUUGAAAAAAUUGAAUCCAAAUCAAUAAUCAUUGAGUACUAUUUGAUUGAAAAUUUAUCGUUAGUUUAUUGAAUAUGGAGCAGGCAUUUCAGUUAGCCCGGUCAAAUAGUAAUUUUCAAAUAAUUGAACAUGGUGGAGCAUAAAACAUGCUGUGUGCCUUUUUUCUAAAUUUUAUCAAAUCCAUCGUAAAUAAUAUUCCUUUUCAUGUCGGUAAAAAUACAAGAGACAAUAAUUUAUUUGAAAAAAAAAAAUAUCCGUAAAAUUUCAAAUUCGACUUAGUAAAAAAUAGUUCCUUCAUCUAUUA